GAGCAGCCGGGACGCCAAGCCUGGGCGCGUCCUGCCCUGCCGCGGGCCGGCCGGUGCGGGGGGACGAGCCUCGCGGUGGGUCUCGCCCGCCCCGCGCCCUCCGGGACGCCCGGCACGCCGCAGGCGCCACAAGCGUCCCCGCUCGGUCCAAGGAACAAGGAGCUCCGACCUCACUUUGCCGCGGGAACGCGAGCCGCGAGCCGCGAGGCGCACCCCGGCCGGCGGCAGGAGUGCUGGGCCGCCCCCCGCUGCCCGGCCCGGGCUCCCGCUCUCAGAGCAGUGUCCCCGCACCGCGCCUCCGUGCGGGCCCCUUCCCUCCGCCCGUGCUGUGAGCCCCCGGGGCACCAGCGAGCUGAUCCCGCGAGCCUCGGCUUCCAUCCGGGGGGAGCAGACGCCCGCCCCGGAGCGGCGGCGGGGACCGGGCGGGGACCGGGCGGGGACCGCCUGCGGGAGUGGAGGCGGGGCGCGCGGUCCUCCCUACAGCUCGGCUGCGGCCGCCGCCAGGGGGCGCUGCUCCGCCGCGGACGCCGCCAGGAUGGGCGUGGCCUCCGGACCCCGGCCGGCGGGGCGGGGCGCGCGUGCGCACUGCGCCUCCGCCCCGCAGGGGCUGCUGGGCCGAGCGACGCGAGCGUGCGGCGAGCGGGACCCGGAGCGGCCGCGGCACCGGCACCGGCACCGGCGGCGGCGGCGGCGGCCCGGAAGAUGUGGCGGCCGUCACAGCUCUGCCGCUUCCACUCUGCCCUGCUGCAGAGCAGCCGGGACCCCUGGCUGGCCCCUGCUGCCCUUUCCAGGAGAAACCUCCGGGUCCUGCCUGCAAGGUGGUCCCGCAGGCCCCAGCCCCUGUGGAGGAAGGUGCUCUCCGCCACGGUGCUGGGGGCCCCCCUGCUCCUCGGGGCCCGCUACGUCACAGCAGAGCCUCAGGAGAGGAGACGGGUGCGGCUCGCCGCGGACGGCGUAGGGCGCUUCGGCAGGUCUCUGAGGAUAGGCCUGCAGAUCUCCCUGGACUACUGGUGGUGCACGAACGUCGUCCUGCGAGGCGUGGAAGAGAACAGCCCGGGGUACUUGGACGUGAUGUCUGCGUGUCACCAGCGGGCAGCUGACGCCCUGGUGGCCGGGGCCAUCAGCAACGGGGGCCUCUAUGUGAAGCUGGGCCAGGGGCUGUGCUCCUUCAACCACCUGCUGCCCCCGGAGUACGUCAGGACUCUGCGUGUGCUGGAGGACCGGGCCCUCACGCGUGGCUUCCAGGAGGUGGACGAGCUAUUCCUCGAGGACUUCCAGGCCCUGCCCCACAAGCUCUUCCGGGAGUUCGACUACCAGCCCAUCGCCGCCGCGAGCCUGGCCCAGGUGCACCGAGCCAGGCUGCACGACGGCACGGAGGUGGCCGUGAAGGUGCAGUACAUCGACCUGCGGGACCGUUUCGAGGGGGACGUGCGCACGCUGGAGCUGCUGCUCCGGCUCAUCGAGCUCAUGCAUCCCAGCUUCGGCUUCGGCUGGGUCCUCCAGGACCUGAAGGGCACCCUGGCCCAGGAGCUGGACUUCGAGAACGAGGGCCGGAACGCCGAGCGCUGUGCACGGGAGCUGCGGCAUUUCCGCUACGUCGUGGUCCCCCGUGUGCACUGGGACUUGUGCAGCAAGCGCGUGCUGACGGCCGACUUCUGUGACGGCUGCAAGGUCAACGACGCAGACGCCAUCGAAGGCUUGGGGCUGGCGGCAAAGGACAUCGCAGAGAAGCUCAUCCAGGCUUUCGCGGAGCAGAUAUUUUACACCGGCUUCAUCCACGCGGACCCCCACCCAGGAAACGUUCUGGUGCGGAAAGGCCCCGACGGGAAGGCGCAGCUGGUGCUGCUGGACCACGGGCUCUACCAGUUUCUGGACGAGAAGGACCGGGCGGCCCUGUGCCAGCUGUGGCGGGCCAUCAUUCUCCGGGACGACGUGGCCAUGAAGGCACACGCAGAGGCCCUCGGGGUGCGAGACUACCUCCUCUUCUCCGAGGUGCUCAUGCAGCGGCCUGUGCGCCUGGGCCAGCUGUGGGGCUCGCACCUGCUGAGCCGCGAGGAGGCGGCCUACAUGCAGGCCAUGGCGCAGGAGCGCUUCGAGGCCAUCAUGGGCGUGCUCAAGGCCCUGCCGCGGCCCAUGCUGCUCGUGCUGCGCAACGUCAACACCGUGCGCGCCAUCAACACCGCCCUGGGCACCCCCGUCGACCGCUACUUCCUCAUGGCCAAGAGCGCGGUCAGGGGCUGGAGCCGCCUGGCAGGUGCGGCAUACCAGAGCGUCUACGGAGCCAGUGUCCUGCGCCACAUCAAGGUCAUCUGGGAGAUGUUCAAGUUUGAAGUGGCCCUAAGGCUAGAGACCUUGUCCAUGCGGCUGACCGCCCUCCUCCUUCGGCUCUUGGUCCAGCUGGGCCUCCUGCCUGAGACGCAGGGGCUCUCCCAGUACUUGGAGACCUAGGCAGUCCCGGGGCCCAGAGGCCCUCAGGGCUGGUCCAGCAUCGGGCGCCACAGACUGAGACCUGGGGCACUGGAGACGCUGUACCCUAGGAGCCAGCCCCGCCAGGAGACCCAACAAUGACCACAAGCUCUACUCAAACCAAA